AGUAUAUUUUAUUUAUGGAAAGUGGCCAAAAAAGCAUUGUUGGUAGGUCGGUACGUUCGCAUCUGAUUCAUCCGAUUGUUUACAGGAAUGAGGAUAAAACAUAAUACGUUGUAGCAAUACGUGUUACUGGUUAAACAGUUUAUCAGUCCAUUUAAAUAUGGGAUGUUGUUACAGUUUCUGUAAGGAGGACAGCGGGCCGCAGAGUGGGGAAGUAAAUGAAAGGACACAUUUGUUGGUAGACCCUGUCAGUAAUAGUACAAAUAUACCUGGAGUACACAGUGAUGAUUAUGUUAAUCAAUAUGCAAGUUCUGCACCCAAGAAGACAGACGAGCAAAGCGCGUUAAAUAGAAUUUUACACGAAACUGCAGCUAAUGUAAUAGAUGUUGGAGCAUUAGAUUCGCAUAAUUUGGAACAGCAUGAAUAUAUGGAUAGAUCACGAGCAUAUUCAAAACGCAUAGAAACUGGAGGAGUUAAAGUCCCUGAUAGCACAUCUUGCUUACUCAAAGAUAUCCCCGCUCCAGAAAGGGUACUAACAGCUGAACCAAUUCCUGCUGGAAAUCACGAGCUGAUUAUUGAUAUGCUCAAUAAAGCUGUGAGAGCACUAGAAGAUGUAAAAGUUGAACACAAAGAGGACUUGGUAGUUCCUUUCUUAUCGUGAUCUUGUAGUAUUUCCUCUGCAGGAUUACACUUACAUCCUGUUUGAGUGAAAUCUUUCUACUACAUGACAUUAAAAAACAUACAUCUUCUCAAAAUCAAUUUUCAAUAAGAUAUUCUAAACUUACUUGAACAUGAAAAUCAAUUAAGAAUUACAACACAGUGUACCAUAGAUCGAAGUUGAAAUAUCACUUCUUAAUAACAACGUUACUGUAUUUCCAAGAAUACAGAUUAUAAUUAAAACAACUGAAUUUGCUAAUGCUUUCCGUAACUUAUACAUGAUAUUGUAAAAAAUUAAUCUAUUAUUAUUACACUUUGCAAUGUAUAUGUUGAACAAGUAACGCAAAGACUAUUUUGUCACAAUUUAAAAAAUGCAAUUCUAUUAUAGGUCUAUAGAUUUUUAUGUACAGGUUUAUUGAAAAAUUAAUUUUUAUUAAACUAAUAAAAAUGUUUUCAGGUUUUUACUAUUACUAUAUACAAAUUUCUAUCAAUUUCUAAUGAAGUGUUUAAUAUACACUAAACGUUAACAAAACUGGUUAGUUAAGAAACCGUUACAGUAUCAGUAACCAAUCAAAACUUGUUUAAAUAAUUUUCAUUAGUUACAUUAAACUGUACUUUUUAAUUAUGAUGCACAUUUCAAUGUUUAUUAUAUUUACAUUACUGAAAACUGCUUAUAUUAAAUCAAGACUAAAUAUAAACUCUUGAUUCAUACAUAUAAGAAUUUGUGAUAAUUAUAUUCCUAUUAAUUAACUCUAUUAACUUUGUAUUAUUUAGUAAUUAUGAAUGUUCUUAUGAACACUUUAUGUUUAUCAAAAUCUGUUAAAUUAUAUCUUUCUAAAACUGUGUUAAUUUAAAUAUAUUUUUCAUCCUUCAUUCAUUUAUGCACACUUUAUUAAACUACACAUUAUUGAUAAAUAUCGUAUAUUAUUUUGUGAAUAAACAAAAAUGAAAUGAAAAAGGUUAUAUAGGCAAUAAAUGAUGACUAAGAAUUAUGUGAAUCGUAUUUGUUAUGUUAUUAACAAGAAAUUACUGGAGUUGUAAAACCGAGCUAAUUUGUUAUAACGGUUGUAUAAAAAUGUCAGUACCUUUAGGCAUAUUGUAUUUUACAGAACAUAAUUACAUUAGAAAUUUUGUUUCUAAUGUUCACCUUCUUACAUUUAUACUUUUUGUACGAUAUAUUUGUACACGGCGAGCACUACUAAAUUGAUAAGUUUUAGUGUUUGGCAAUAAUCGAUUAUUUAUUUCAUUCUGGAUGGUUUAGAAAUUUCAGCAAUUGAACAGUUACCGACAUCAGUAAUCUAUAGUGAAAUCUAAAUAUUGGUAUUAUGCGGAUAUAAUUUUGGAUAUUUCCUGGUAAUUUUUAUAUAAAUAGAGGUAUGAAAACAUUCUUAUAAUAUCGUUCCGACGUAUAAUUAAUUUUAUCAUUGUUCAUUGUGUACCGCUUACUGCUUACUUCUAAUUUGUAUUAUGCGAUAAUGUAAUUUUGUGUCAUUAUGGUUUUGAAGAUACCUUCUAUUACAUUUUUUAUAAAGUAUAUUUAAAGUUUAAAUUUGAGAUGUGCAAAAGUAUGUACAUUCAGAUCAUAUAUAUUUUUUAAUUAUUAAAAUAUGCAGAACAUCAUUGGAUAUAUUGUAUUGUAAUGAACAUGGUAUAUAUUGGCAAGAAAAAUAUUUUAAUUGCAGACUAUUUAGACUAGUGAAUCUAAUUUAGUUAUAUCAUUUUUGUUCUUAUGCCAAAAUUGUAAAAUAAUUGAUACACACACAAGCGUACAUAUCUAUAAUAUUAUAUCUAAAUAUGUAUAUAAUAUGUAAAUGGAGAAUAUAUAAAGUUACAUAAAGA